AUUUAUUAACUUCUUUAGGAAGAACAAAGUUCUACCAAUGAUCAAUUAAUAUUAUCCUUUUUUUCGCCCUUCAUGUGAAUGAAUUUCAUCAAAACGUGUAACGAAAAUAUAAACGCACCCACAUACUCAGUUAAAAGGUAUUUCAUGGGAAUGAAUAUAAAGUCCAUAUAGCAUAUAUCCUGUAAAAGCACAGCUUUUUAAGUAAAACAAAUCAAAAUGGAUAAAGAAAUAACUUUUUAUCAAGAUAUUAAACCUUUGUUUAGAGAGAAAGAUCGUAACUGCAUGUAUUUUAGCUUCGACCUUUAUGACUAUGAAGCCGUUUGUGAUAAAGCAGAUGAAAUUUACAAAAGGCUAACCUCCGGUCAAAUGCCACCAUCAGGUGCUGGUGGUAAAUGGAAUCAAGAAAAAAUCGACAAAUUCAAAAAAUGGAUGGAAACCGGCAAGAAAAAAGGACUUCCACCUGAACGAGAAGCUUUCUAUAAGUUGUUAAACAAUGAAUCAUUCCCCGAAUUUUUGCCGACAGCUAAAAAAAUGGCAUACGACUAUCUUGACAAAGCGAAAUCUUUAAUCGAGAACCCUCCAUCUGAAUUAGGACGUUAUGGGAAAUUGCUUAAACACUUUGAAUUUACUCAAGAUGCAUUUAACAAACGUUUGCAACAUAUUUACGUUUACGUAAAAGAAGAAGUGGAUAAGUAUGAACCAGCAAACGAUCCUAUCUAUAAUUCUCGUAAGGAUGUAAUAGAAAGUAUCCGCCAAUGGGCACCUUUCAAUCAGACAGAUGGUGCUUGGUUACGUUAUGCAGUUAAAUUAGGUCCAACCGAUGAGAUCACAUCGCUUCUUUCUGAAAUCUUGCAAGAUGAGCUUGGUAAUGGUAAAGCCGAGCAUAAUCAUUCAACAUUAUAUACUACUCUGCUCGCAAGUUGUGGUAUACAUCUACCUGAAGUAUAUCAGAGAGCCUAUGCAGAAGAUCCAAGAUUUCUUGACUCGGCUUUCUCAAUACCAGCUUUGUCUUUAUGUAUCUCUCAAUUCUCCGAUCUGUUCUUUCCUGAAAUCCUUGGUUUUACCCUUUUAAUCGAAUGGACUGUAUUAGAAGUAGCACCAAAUAUCAAAUUAUUCAAAUAUUACGGGUUGAACCCUCAUUUUUACGAAAUGCAUGUUGCAAUUGAUAAUGCUUCUUCAGGUCAUGGUGCCAAUGCAAAACGUUCCAUCGAACUCUAUCUAGAUCAUGUGAGACAAAAUGGUGGGGAUGAUGCCGUCCAAGAGCAUUGGAGACGUAUUUGGAUUGGAUUUGCUUCAUUAUGGAGUGCUGGAACACUUGCGAGGGAUUUCGAAGAAAUGCUUUAUCAAAAAAGAAUCGGCAAACCAGAUCUACGUCAAAGAAUGAUUAAAAUGAUUGCUCACAAAGCUCCUUAUGCGAGUCGUAAUCAUAAUGAUCGAAAAUUUGGAGAUAAAUUUAUAAAUGAAUUGUUCAAUAACCCAGAAGGCUUUUUGGAUGCUUUAGUCGAGAGUUCAUAUGUUGUGAAAGGAGAUCCAAAAAAUUCUCCAAUAUUGUCUCGUUUAACAACCUGGGAUGGGCCCAUGUACAAGGUAUUUACUGAAGAAGAGCUUAAUUUGUGGAAUGAAUGGAUCCGUUCUCUUGAUCCUAAUAAUAAACCGUCAGAUCCAAUAUUGUCUCUUAAUAUCGUUACCGAAAUGAGACGUCUUAUUACAACAUUGAAAAAUAAUCAAUAUGCCACUCUGGGACAUAGCCACAUAUUAACUGGACCUAAUCCUGAAGAUCCUGAUAGUAUUAUAACAAAAGACAUUCAUUGGUGGUUCGAUCAAGAUGAUCCAAUUUGGAUAAUGAAAGCAUUAAUUUGUGACAAGAAUGAACACCGAAUGGUUAUACCAAAUCAACCUGAAAAUAGUCCCUUUAUUACUAGAAUGAUGGCACCUGCUAAUAAAAUGGGCUCCGCAUUUGCUGAUAUUGCAAUUAGUCGUGGACCUAUGAAAAAUGGAGAAAUUUUACCAAGUAUUGGUGAGCCUUGGUCUUGGAAGGAUAUUGCAUAUCGAUGGAUCCAGUUGGGUGCCCAUUAGAUCAAGAUGAACUUCAUGUUUAUGAUACAGACGUUGAUAAUUAUCAAUUAGUAAAAAAUGUAGAUUUUCAACCACUUUACACACAUCAUACAGGCGUUAUUAGCCAUCAUAAGUAUGGCCCAGGUGGUAUCCAUUAGAUAGUUUUUUAAUUAGUAUCAUAAAUACAGAUAAGGAAUGAUUAUGAAAUAACUGAAACCAUAAAUAUUUGUUCCAUAAAAAGAUAUUUAACUGUUAUUACCAGUUCCAAAAUUUAGUAUUUACAUUAUAGGAUUACUAGUAAAUUAUAAAAAUACAAACUUUGUCGCGAUAAGAAAUAAAUCAUCGAGACAAUACAUAACAAAAGAUUAUAUUUGCGAGCCUCAGUAAUAUUUCUGAGGUUAUUUCAAUACAACUGCAAUGGAAGCUAUCAUAUGUAUGAUAGAAAUUUGCUUUAAAUAUUUUUGA